UGUGGUAAGGAGUAUCAUCUAGUUUAAUUACAGCUGUCAGAAUGGGAAAGACGAUAGUGGUGAUAGAAAGAUGGUAUAUCCUCUCAAUCUUCUCAAUCAUGACAAUGUUCCAAUGUGCUGUAUGGAACACCUGGGGUCCUGUAGAACCUGUCGCAUUGGUAGCUUUCCCAUCAUGGACUGAUUCAACAAUAGGAUUUUUUGCGAACUGGGGAAAUAUUGGAAUGUACAUUGGGUUCUUACCCUUUAUGAUUCUACUACAGAGGAGUUUAAGAUACUCAGUUCUUAUUUCAGGACUACUGGUGGCCAUUGGAGCUUCAAUAAAAUGCAUAGGUUGGUUUCAUAUGAAGGAGAAUAUAUUUACAAUAAUUUGUCAUAUUGCAGCAUUUCUCAACUCACUUGCAGGAAUUGUUUUAUGUUCAGCUCCUCCUCUUCUUUCAGCAGUAUGGUUUCCACCAGAGGAGCGGGUGACUGCCACAUGUAUAGGACAGACAUUAAACGGCCUGGGAGGCGGUGUCAGUUACUUUAUAGCAAACAUAUUUGUCAGUCAAAACAUUGAUAAUCAAACAGAUAUUUCUGAUAAACAAGUUGAAUACAGAAAGGAGCUGAAUGACUAUAUUUGGGUUCUGGCAGGACCCACCAUUGCUCUUUUAUUUUUUACUCUCCUUCAUUUCCCGAGUAAGCCCUCAACUCCUCCGAGUCUAAGCUCACAGGAUGAGAGGCUUGCAAUGCUCCCUGGAUUAGUUCUGAUGAUCAAAAAUAAAAGCUUUUUGCUCCUGCUUUUGGCGUAUUCCAUAAGUCAGGGGGUUUCUGGUAUGUAUGGAGCUAUCAUGGCAGCUAAUCUUAAAACAUUCAGAGUCAAUGGACAAUACCUUAGUGAAACCUAUAUUGGCACACUGGGUGUAACAACAUCUGUUGUAUCAACAUUUGGAGGGCUCAUUGCUGCAAGAUUAACAGAUAAAAUUCAGGGGCACAUGAAGGUUUCAAUACUUGGUCUGCUUGUGAUUGCAACUUUAAUCUAUACUAUACUAUCAUUACUAUUCCUAAAGGUAUUUGAGCUUCCUAGUUUCCUAAGUCUAGAAGUAUCUAUAUUUGCCCUCCUAGUUCUAGGAAACGGAUUCUGCCAGAGUUCAUGCCCCCUUUUUACAGAACUAUGUGCUGAGAUAUGUUUUCCUGCCAGUGAACUGUUGGUUGGAGGAGCUAUAUUUUUAGGAUUUGGUACUGUGUCUUUCAUCUUCCUCUCAGUUUUCAGUAUUCCUGGAAUUGGAAUUUAUUGGUUGAAUUUUGUUCUUCCAGCCAGUUCGUUUCUUCCUGUUUUGCUGGUUCUCCUGGUUAAGGGAUCAUAUCCUCGGCUUCAAAUUGAUCUUAAUGGAAAAAUAUAAGUUUCUCAUAUUUUUA